GCGGGAGGGGCGGGGCCAGCGGUGCGCGGCCUGGGCAAGGACCCCGGGCUCGGGGCGCGCGGCCUGGGGUGGGCCCUCCUCGCCUUGCGCGCCGAGUGCCUUCUUGCUCCGGAGGGCUCCCCAGACGGUUUGUCCGGUUCCCGCGCCCACCUUGCAGGUCCUCGGCUUCCCGUCACUUCGAGUCCCUUUCCGCUCCUCCUGCUUGAGUGGCGCCGGCGUCUCCCGGCCCGGCCCGAAUCCAGGUGGCUGGGGCGUGGGCUGGAGGUGGCGGGCAGGCUGCCUUGCGCUUCUGUCGGGGGUCCUAGGUCGGAGGGGCUUGCUGACGAGUCCUUGGGCAGAGUCUGGUGAGGAGGCGGCCUGCGGAGGUUGGAUUUAAGGAUUUGAACGCAACCUGGGGACGUGCAGGGCACCUGUGGAACCGAGUUCCAGAGCCACUUGUCCACAAAUCCCUCUCCCCCGGUGUCCUGCGUUGUGUCCAGCUGCCCCCAGAUCUAGGCCUUUACCAGCCUCUGGCGAUUAGAAUUUAUUUUGGAAACGUUAGAUUAUUAUGUUAAUGAUUAUUUUGCUGUUGUCAUGCAACAGUUAUGUACAUCUGGUCGGAAUACGCCGUCGUUAUCACGUGCGUCUAAGGCCAUUUCCAGUUUCUAACGUUUUUUGGCGCGAUGAUUCUGGCAGCGCGUUGAGAGAUACUGGCUCUCGGAACUAAAACGUUUUUUUUUGCCUCUACAAAUUCCUUUUUGUUCACUCCCCACCCCCACCCCGCAAUUAUAUUCUGUCCGAGUCAAAAAACUGAAAAAACUCCUAUCAGCCUCAUCCUCAAGAGAAAGUCAUUAUUAACAAUUUGGAGCACAUAAACAUAUAUUCGUGUUGCAUAAAUGGGAUGCCAGUGUGGUCUGUUUUUUAAUACUUUAAGGACUUUUUCUGUAUCAAUGCAUAAAUGUCUUUUUACUGCCUUCUCAACUUGCACUGAUUUGGACCCAAAGCCUGUAAGGCAAGAAUUUUCUUCUCCCCGAAGCUUUAUCAGUGGCCAACCCUAGUAAAGAAACGCCUUAAAUAUUUAAUAAAAUAUCACUGGAAUGGCCAAGAUACUGGGUAGAAAUAAGUUGAAUGAAGGGUAAAAAUCAUUUAUAAAAUGUUGUUGGCUCUGCGUAAUAAUUUGGGGCAAUGUGUUUUAAAUUGCAGUUGUUAAAUCAUUGGCGAGUUGUGAAAUUAAUUUAGUGGAUCAUAAGUAGCAUUAAAAAAAGCCAAACCAAGACAACAGAAAAUACCAGAACUCGGUGCAUGUAAUGAGGGUAUUGUUUUGUGGCAUUGUUUUAACCUGUGCCUGUGUGUGGUGUGCUUGUGUGUCUAUGUAUGCUGGGUUGUGAUAUAAAAUGUGUUACUUCCCGUGUGCCAUGCUAAUUAUAUUUGUCAUUAAUCCAGGAUACUGUCAGCACUCAUCUCAGAGUGGGGACAAUAAUGCGGUUAAGCUUGACAUUAGUUUUACUUUUUUUCCUUUGGAAUAUGUGACAGUGUUUAUAGCAGCAGAUUAGAUUCCUAAUUAUUUGUUUUUAUCUAAUGUUAAAACAAUUAAUUACCAUCCCUGAAAAUACAGAAAGCAAGCCUUUUAAAGAAGUCCAGAGGUUAAGAGUCAAAUCCCAGCUAUACCGGUUAUUGGUGUUGACCUGGAACAAGAUAGUUGUUCUCUCUAAACCCCAGUUUCCUGAUUUGUAAAGUGGGCGUUACUGGAAUACCAAUCUCAUAAGGCUGUUUGAUAUUCAGAUGAAGUAAUACAAGUGAAACUGUUGAUUUAAUGCCUGGCCCAGAUUAAGCUCUCACUAAAAAUUAGCCGUUACUUUAUUGAGACUAAAUGAAAGUAUCCAGGAUAAUUCUUGUCGCCAGAGGUAAACCAAUACAAGGUGGAUAAUUCAAAAGAGUGGGAAGUUGAAAAUUAGUUAAUACUAUUAUAAGGAAAGAGACACUGAAUUAAAAUGGUCUUUUUUAUAUCAUUUCGUCAUUGUUUUGUGAUUGCUCGCCAAUUGUUUCCCUAUCGCUAGAGAAGUAAUUUAGAUGAUCUUACUCAGUUAUCUAAAUGUUUUUCUAUUGCCUUCUCUUAUUUAUUAUUGAGCUGUCUCUGUUGUCACACAAUUGAAAAAUAUUUCCUCUGGGGAGUCUGGAUUUUGUUAGCUCUUACUCAAUACUACACCCAGCUUGAGAAACUCACACACUACAACUCAAGGCAUUUCAACAAUGUGUUUAUUUAUCUCUGCAGUAGGUACAGAUCUAAGGUAUGUAAGAAGUAGUCCUAAAAAAAAGCACAACUUGAUUUCUAUUUUGAGACAUUUUUGUCUCAAAUGCUCAAGCAUUUCAGAGAUCUCUAUUCACUGCCCCAGAUUGGUUUUUGCAGUUUUAAAUAUUACAUAAACUAGUAAAAUAAGUGUAAGUGUUGUCUUUUUUUAAUUGCGUGGUUAUUUUUUUAUGAAAAAUAAAUGCUUUGGCCUCAAAAAAAAAAGGCUGUUGCAGAAGUACUUAAUUGUGUAACACAAGUAUAAAAGGUUGGGGAGAAUCUUAAAACAUUAAUCAUAAUACUGCUCUCAGUUUUGAAAAUAUCUUUAAGUUCUUAUUCUGUUUUAGAGGGACCAAAAUGGAAAUGUUACCGAACCGAACUUGGGUCUGCUCGCCUGCUGCACAGAAAAGACAAUCUACUGACACCGGGUUGUGGUGAAGGAAAGUACAGCGUUUAUUUGCAGGGUGCCAAGCAAGGAGAACAAACAGGCAGCACGUGUUCAAAAGACCCGAACUCCCCCAUGGCUUUCAGGGAUGGGUUUAUUUCUUUAUUUCUUUCUUUUUUUUUUUUCUUUAAGGGCAACUUUUGGGGUGAGGGUUGCAGCUCAUGGGCUUUCUUUCUUUUGGUUGGUGGUACCUAACAAGAUGAUGUUUUGGAAAUCUUAAUCAUCAACCUUCAGGUUCCACCCAGUCUGGGGUCCACCUGUGUGUGGUCAGCAUGUAGUCACCAUCCUCCACCUGAGUGGAGGGGUGUAGUUUCUACAGAAAAGCUCAAAGAUAUGCAUCAGAUUGUUAUACAUAUUACUUGAGGAGGAAGUAGGGCUCUGUUUUAUCGCUGAACUGUUGUUUAAGCUAUUAUAACUUUCUUGCUCACCUGCAUUCCCUCACUUCCCUAAUUGGUAACUGUUUGAGUCUACUUUUUGGAACUCAGGAAAGGCCUAGGAGACUAAAACUUUUCUCCUACAAACAAGACAUGGGGGAUAUGGAGGAGCUUUUGUACCUGGGAGUGCCCCAUAUGGUCCUGCUUGGUCUCAAUCUCCUCUUUUCUUUGAUACUCCUCAAUCCUAAAGGGAGCAGGGGUGGGACAACAAAGGGAACACGUUUUGGAUAGAGAUUAAUCAUAAACUUGUUUGAGGAACUCGGUUUUAGGCAGACUUGGUUUUGGAAACUCCUUGCAGGUAAAUCAUGAUAUGGUUUAUGAAAAUAUGAUAAAAAAUAAGACUUGGAACUCUAGCUGUCGUAUUCACAAAAAGACCUCAAUGAAACUAAAAAAACCUAUCUUGACCGUAAACAUGUAUUUAUUUGUAUGUUUUAAGUUAGAUAAAAUAUUGAGGUUAAGUGUGUUCUGUAUUUUAAAAUUGUUUUAUUGAUUAAUAUUUAAAAAGUUAACUCACCAACUCCUGGGUCUUAUCUUGUCAGAUAAGAAGAUUUUUAUCUCACACUGAUAAAAUGAAAUUUUUGGAAUUCUGUAUAAUAUCAUAAACAGGUGCUUGUCAUAUAUGGUUAAAUGAGAGAGGAGGCCAUUCCAUUUUUGUAAAAACAUGUUUAGAACAGAGAAGAAUAUAAAAUGAAUGGUGGGUAGUGGGAUUGGUCUGAUUUUUAUGCUCUCAAUUUUAUUAUUUUUAUAAUUUUACUAUAAUUUUGUUUUACUUUCUUAAUACAAGUUAAUAAAAGUCACUCCUUAAAGAAACAAUUAAUGUGUGUUUUCCUAAUUUGUAAGUAUAAAUGAGACUGAGUCUUUGCUUAAGGGAUACUGACUCUUUAAACUUGGAUAUUUGGGUAUUAACUAAUUCUCUCAUAUUCUAGGAAAUAGUGCUGAAUAGUUAAACAGUUAUAUCCCUUAUCCUGUUGAAAGCCUUUGAAUAGGAAAGAACAUUGUUCCAGAAUUUUCUUAAAGCACUCUUUGAGUAUACUGAUUCCCAAAAACAUUUACACACUGUCUGAAGAUAAGGUCUAAAUCUUUCAUCUGCUUUUAAAUCCUGUCAUGUCAAACCUUAGUCUACUUUUCUUGCUUUAGUGCCCUUUAAAUUCUUAAAUGAAAUCUUAUUUCCAGCUAAACUUGUCAACUUGAUAUUUCCACAUGUUCCUUGUGCUUUCUUGCUUUUGUACUUUUGCUUCUUUGUGACUUGGAAUAUCUUUUCCUGAUGGUUAUGUGAGCAAAUUCUGGAUAAUGUCCAGCUAAAAAGCCAUAUCUACUGUGACAUCUGGUUUGUCCAGCUAAAACUGUAUUUUGCAACUACAUCCAUUUGCACUUAUUAUUUGUGCGUAGACAUUUCUCAGAUACCACCUGAUAUUUAUGCAUUUAUUUCCUAAUUCUGUUUUAAACUUCUCAAGAGCAAGAAAGCUUGUCUUGGAUUUCUCUCUAUCCCUUGAUGCUCCUAGCAUGGAACCUUGCGCUGGAUGUUUGCCAGGACUAAAUAUAGCUGAUGAAAUAUCUACCCUUUUCUGCUCAAGAAGCUGGAUUAAUUGAUUUAUUUUCCCUAGAAGUGUGAGAAGUCAGAAACUAUGAAAUUUUCUCAUAAUAAAAAGUAAUAGUGUGAGUAUUCAAAGACAAUAGCCACCUGACUUUGGUUAUUCAAUAUGCAGAACAGACAAGGACAUUGCAGCUAUUGCUGUGUGCCUUAUAAUAACCUGGAACAGCAUAUGUCCAGUGAUCAGCACAGAUACUUGACCACACAGAUUAGACAACGGAGGGGUACCACUAGUUUGAUGGAACGUUUCUUACAGGAUGUACUGCGGCACCACCCAUGUCAUUAUCAAGAAAGCGGAUCAUUGCAAAAUGAGAGACUUCAUAUGAAUUCUGCAUCACCUUCUGAAGUGGUUCCUAAUGAUCAUUUUAUUCCUGAAGAAAUGACUGAAGAUGCUACUCGAGUCAGAGAAGAGACAUCCACCAAGGGUUUUGAACCUGUUGAAGAGUUGUAUUCUAGACCUAGUAAAUCUCAGGAAUAUAUACAGAGUGUUUCCGUUCGACCAUCAGUUAUUCAAAAACUGGAGAAAGGAAAGCCACAGCCCUUAGAGUUUGUUCAUAAAAUUGGGAGCAGUGUGAAAAAAUGUAAUCCAGUUUGUAUUGGUUACAAUACAAAUAAUCAAAAUAUAAUAUGUUCUUCAGUGAUUUCUAAUGCUCCUGUUAGUUGUUUACAUGCAAGUUCUCAUGAAAGACCGGUUACAACUAAUAAUACCACUAAGUUACCAUUAGGAGUCCCUUUGGAUUCAGUUAACAAAUGUAACCCAAACAAAGUUGACAAAUACCUUCAACAGCUAGACAAGGGCUCUAGAAACCCUAUGCUAUCAUCUCAUCCAGAAACUUCUUCAGUUUCAUAUCAGAACCCUAAAGACUCAAACAGGAAAUCUUUAUGUACAAAUUCAGAUAAAUUGAUUAUAGAGGAAAAUGUAAAAUCUCAGGGUAAAACUUUGUCAGCUGGCUUUAAAGUCCAUGAAUGUGUGGGUACUAAAGGCUCCUUAAAACUGGAAUCUCUUUCCAAAUUAGCAGUAAACCGAGCAACCAACCUGAAUAAAACUGACAUGCCUUCUAAUAAAGAAAUCUUUGAAGAUGGCAUUCCAAAGCACCAUGAGAAAUUCUUUCCCAAUAUGGAACACACCCAAAAAGGAAGGCAUUUAGUUUUUAACAAGUCAGCCUUUUUGGAACAGAAGAUCUCAGUGUGUUCUGAAAUGAAGUUUGCUUGCAGCUCUCUUCAGUCAGUGUCCAAUCAUCCUGAAGAGCCUGUGCCAGACCUCUGGAAGGAGGAGCAAAUUUAUGAAGAAGAUACGAACUAUGAAUCAAAAGGUUCUGAAAUGAGUUUUGAUGACAGUUCCUCUUUUUGUUCACUGACUGACCAACCAAAAGCAACUGCUACAGAAAUAAACCUUUCAAAGGAAGUAGAUGCUGAUUUGCAGUAUAAGAGUAAUAACUCUUGUGUUUCUGAAGUAAGUUCUGAUUGUGAUGGCUCGCUUCAGUUGACUACCAACCAAACUCAAGUAACUGUUAAAGAUGGAAGUAUUCAGAUGGGAACACAUAUUAAGCUGGUUGACGAAAGCUAUGAAUCUAGUGAGUCUGAGAUGAAUUUUGAUUGUGAUGCCUCGCUUUGGUCAACUGAUGACUACCUCCAACAUCCUGAAAAAGAAGUAAGCCUUCCUAAGAGGGUACACAUUGACUUGGUUGAUAUGGACUAUGGAUCUAGUAGCUCUGAAAAAAGUGCUAAUUCUGUUUUCUCACUUCAGUCUAUGGUUGACCAACUCCCUGUGGCUGUCACAGAAACACAGCUUCAGAAGAAGGUUCACAUUGGCUUGGUUGAUGAAAACUAUGGGUCGAGCUGUUCUGAAACAAGCUUUGAUUGUGCGGCUUCUCUUCAGUUAGUAGUUGACCAUUCUCAACUGGCCAUCAAAGAAAGAAACCUGGAGGAUAGGCUUGUUUGUCUGAGAGACAAGAAUCAUAAACCCAGUAGUGCUCAAGCACACCUUGAUUGUGAUACCUCUCUUGAGACAGUGACUGAUGAACCUCAGAGGGCUGUGGAAGAAACACAUUUUCUGAAUGACCUUGUGGAUAUGAACCAUGAGUCUUGUGGUUCUGAAGAGAGUUUUUACACUGAUACUCAGUUAGUGCCUGACCAAUUCCAGGUAGCAGUUGAAGAAGUAAACACUCAGGAAGGAGCUACUGACUUGGAGAAUAAGAGUGUUAAAUCUAGCAUUUCUGAUCCAAGUUUUGAUUUUGAUUCUCAUUCUUCUCUUUUCCAAUCAGCUAAUGAUCAGCCUCAAGAAGUAAACACUCAGGAAGGAGCUACUGACUUGGAGAAUAAGAGUGUUAAAUCUAGCAUUUCUGAUCUAAGUUUUGAUUUUGAUUCUCAUUCUUUUUUCCAAUCAGCUAAUGAUCAGCCUCAAGAAGUAAACACUCAGGAAGGAGCUACUGACUUGGAGAAUAAGAGUGUUAAAUCUAGCAUUUCUGAUCCAAGUUUUGAUUUUGAUUCUCAUUCUUCUCUUUUCCAAUCAGCUAAUGAUCAGCCUUUGGGUGAAAUAAAUCUGAAGGAGUUAAACGUUGACAUGGAAGUUAAGAGCUAUGGGUGUUCCAGUUCUGAGUUGACUUUUGAUUCCAGUCCUCCUUUUGUGUCAGUUACUGACUAUCCUGAGCUGGAUAUUGAAGAAAUAAGAAAGAAGUACAUUAACCUGGAAGAUGAGAGUUUUGAGUCAGUUAGUUCGGAAAUAACUUUUGAUUCUGACAUUUCUCUUCACUCAGUAGCUGACCAAUCUGAAGUAGCUGUUUAUGAGGAAGAACCUAUUGAUCUGGAAAAUAAGAGUAACAAAUCUUGUGUUUCUGAAAUAACUUUUGAUUCUGAUGUAUCUCUUAGUUUACCGACUGAUCAACAUGGAAUAACUGUUAAAGAAACACUCAUUCAGAAAGAAGAGUCUCUACACUUAGAAGGGAAGGAUGAUGAUCCCACUAGUUCUGAAAUAAGUCUGGAUUCUUAUACCCCUUUUCAUUUAGUGACUAAUCUUCCAGAAGAAGCUGUUAAAAAGCUAAAUCUUCAAAAAGAAGAGUGGGGACACUUAGACAAUAGGGAAAAUGAACCUAGUGAUUCUGAGUUAAGUUUUGAAUAUGAUGCUUUUCAUUCAAUGACUGGACAUGCAAAAGAUCCCAUUAAAGAAAAAAAUCUUCAGAAAGAAGAGAAUGUACAGUUAGAAAAUGAGGGUAAUGUACCCAGUGUUUCUGAAAGCAGUUUGAAAUCCGAUACUUCUUUUCAUUUAGUAACCGAUCAUCCAGAUAUAGCUAUUAAAAAAAUAAACCGUAAAAAAGAAGAACAUGUAAACUUAGCAGAUAAGGGUAAUGAGUUGAGUGUUUCUGAAACAAGUUUGGAUUCUAGUAUCUCUUUUCAGUCAGUGACUCACAAACCUGAAGAAGUUAUUAAGGAACUAUGGCUUCAAAAAGAAAAGGAUGCUAAGUUCAAAGGUAAAAGUCCUGACUUUAGUGAUUCUGAAAUAGAUUUGGAUUCUGAUGUCCCUCAUUAUUCAGUGAUGGAACCUGAAAUAGCUGUUAAAGAAAUAAAUAUUCAGAAAGAAGAAUGUGCUGUUCUAGAGAACAAGAGUGAUGAAUAUAGUGGUUCAGAAAUAAUUUUGGACUCUGAUGUCCCUCCUCAGUCAAUGACUGAAAAACCUCAAAUAACUGUUUUGAAGGAGGACCAUGUUGACCCAGAAGAUAAAAGUAUUAGACUUAGAGAUUUUGAAAUAAAUUUGGGUAUUGACGCCCCUCUUCAUUCAGUCACUGACCAAACGCAGCUAGCUCUUUUGAAGGAAAAACAUGCUGAUCUGGAGGAUACAAACAGUGAAUCUAGUGAUGGUGAAAUAGAUUUUGAUUCUGAUUACCAUCUUCAGCCAUUGACUGAACAAUUUCAGGAAGUGGCUAAAAAAACAAAUCUGUGGGAGGAAGAGGAUAUGGGCCUGAAAAAUAAGCUUGAUGAACCUAAUGGUUCUAAAUUAAUACAUACUUCUGAUGUUUCUCUUCAGUCUGUAUCUGAUCAACCUGAAGUGGCUGUUAACCGAAUAAACCUUGAGAAUCAAGGUCAUGUGUACUUGGAAGAUGAGAACAGUCAAUACAAUAGUUCUGAAAUGAGUUUGGAUUCUGAUUUCUUGGUUCAGUCAAUAGUUGAUCAUCCUCAGAUAACUAAUUUGGAGCAGGAGCAUACUGAGCUAGAAGAUGAGCAUAAUCCAUCUUGUGGUUCUGAAAUAAGUUUUUAUUCUGAUUACCCCUUUCAGUCAGUGGUGGAGCAGUUUAGAGAAACUGUUAAAGAAAUAAACCUUUGGAAGGAUGAAGUUAACGAGGAAGAUAAGAGUGAUAAAUCCAAAAAUUUUGAAAUUAUGUGUGAUUCCGAUGUCCUUCAGUCGGUGGCUGGCCAAACAGAAGAAAUGGUUAAGGCGUUCAGCCUUUGGAAGAAGCGUGUUGACUUGGAAGAUAAGAUGGUCAAACCUAGUGAUUCAAAGGUAAAUUUUGAUUCCAAUAAGCCUCUUCAGUCUGUGGCGAAUGAAAUUCAAGAGACUAGUAUAGAAAUAAAUCUUCUGAGGGAGGGACAUGUUUGUCUGGAUAGUAAGAGCUAUGAACCCAGUGAUUCUGAAAUCAUUUUUGUUUCAAAUGCCCCUCUCCAAUCAGUGACUGAGCAGCCACACAUUUUGGAAGAGCAACAAGCCAGUUUGGAAGAUAAGAGCAGUGAUCCUUGUGAUCCUGAAAUAAGCUUUGUUUCUGAUGACCCUCUUCAGUCAGGGGCUGUCCAGCUUCCAAAAGCUAUUAAAGAAAUAGAUCUUUGGAGGGAAGACCACAUUUACCUGGAAGAUAAGAGAUAUAAACUAGGUGAUUUUGAAGUAAGCUAUGAUUCUGAUCUUUACGUUGUAGCUGGUCAUUCUCCUGUGGCUUUCAAAGAAAUAAACUUGCAAGAGAAGGAUCAUAAUGACCUAGAAAAUAAGAACUGUGAACUUAGUGUUUCUGAAAUGAAAUGGGAUUCUGGUGUUCAUCUUCAGUUAGAAGUUGACCAACCCCACAUGAUUUGCAAAGAAAGCAAGCUUCAGACAGAAAAGCAUUUUGGCAUGGAAGAAAACAUCAGUGAACCUAGUGAUUCUGAAAUGUGUGAUUCUGAUGUCCCUUUUCAAAUCGUGAUAAACGAACCUCAAGUGUCAGGCAAAGAAACAAAUAUUCAAAAGAUGCUGUUUGUAGACCUGGUGACUGGAGAUAGUGAUUGCGAAAUGAUUUCAGAUUCUGAUGUCCCUUUUCAGCCAGUGAUUGACUCACCUCAAAUGACUGUCAAAGACAUUAGCUGUAUAAAUGCAGAAAGUUUUAUUCUAGAAGAUGAGAACUGUGAAUCUUAUGAUUCUGAACUAGAAUAUGUUUGUGAAGCCUCUCCUCAAUCAGUGACAAACCAUUCCAAAAAGACCUUCAAAAUAGUAAACCAGAAGCAGGACUAUAUUAUCCUGGAGGAGUCAAGCUGUGAGCCUUAUGCUUCUGAAAUAAAUUUUCAAAUUGAUCCUUCUCAUCAGUCUGUGGGUCAGUCACUAGGGCCUAAAAAAAAAAAGGCAAAAUAUAUUGACCCAAAAGAUAAGAGCUGUCAAUCUAAUAGUCUUAAAAAUUUUUUUGAAUGGGAAAAGACUUCUCAGCCAGUGACUCACCAAGGGCAGAAAGCUGACAAAGGGGUUAACCUUUGGACAGAUGUAGAAAAUAUUGGCCUAAAAGAUAAAAACUGUGACUCUGGUGUUUCUGCAGUGGAUUGUAAUGCCUCUCCUGAGUUGGUGAACCAUCAAAUGCCCAAUAAAGAAAACCUUCUGAGGUUAAAACCUACAAAUCUAGGAAAUACAAGCUGUGAACCUUGUGGUUCUAGGAUGAAUUUUCAAUGUCAUCCCUCUCCCUCCCAUCAGUCUGACACUGACCAGCCUCAAGAAGCUGUUAAUAAAAUAGACCUAUUUAAGAAGAUGUUUUUUGACCUGAAAGAAACAAACCAUAAUUCUCAUUCAAGCUCUGUGCCUAUGACUGAUUCUGUAAGGAACCAGGAAAAAGCAAAGGAGGUCAUAGAAGACGAUCCUGAUGAACCAGUUCUUGAAGCCUUGCCUCAUGUCCCUCCUUCCUUUGUGGGAAAAACCUGGUCUCAGAUAAUGAGAGAAGAUGACAUGAAAAUUAAUGCUCUUGUGAAAGAGUUUAAGGAAGGUCGUUUCCAUUGUUACUUUGAUGAUGACUGUGAGACCAGGAGAAUUAAAAAAAAAAAAUUGAAUAAAGGAAAAAAGGUUACCUGGACUGACCUCAAUCAGGACACUGCAUCAAUUCAAGUUCUCUCAGAUUGUGAUGAUAAUGCAGGUGGUAUUUCAGGUAUUGAUGAGUUUUCAGUGGGCUUGGAUAAAACUAGCCAUUAUCCUUCAGCAGAGAGGUGUUAUGAACAAACAUGGGGAGUGGCUUCUCAAUGCCAGGCUAUAAAAGUCAGUCAUGGAACGCAGACCAAUCGCCCAAGUCACCCAAGGAUGAAAAGAAGGAUAACUGGACAAGAGAAAGACUCUCCAGUAAGGAAGCGUUUACUUUUACAGAAUGGCAGAAAGACAAAAAAGAAAGUAGAAAUUGGGACACUUGAAUUCCCUGAAUCACGUAUUACAGUUUUGAAGCCUUUGCAACCAAAUGCCUUAAUGUCUGUUCUUUCUUCAAAUAUUAAGUUGAAGAAAGGUGAAUCCAACAGCUCUAAAACGAGGCACCAUAGUAGAAAUAAUUGGGAUAUUAUCAUACAGUACAAAUAUAAACACAAUUCCUUUAAUUAUAAUGAUCCAUUGAAUAAGCAAAUUGUAUUUGAUCCUUCUCUGAACAUAGAAGUACCAGGGUCUGACAGGAGUAACUGUGUUGAAAUUCAUUUUAACCACCUUAACUCCAGUGCAGGAGAUGAUGAUACUUAUGUACAAAGCUUUGCUUCAGCACCUUUUAUGACAGUGUCAGUAAGACAUGAGUUAAUGCCACAUCAGGAGGCCAAUGCAUCAUCUGUGUUUCUGGAAAAAUCCCAGGUUUUGAAUUCUAGUAAAGUUCCAAAGGAAAGUAAUUUCCAGUCAACUCUUUUAAAUCACGCUGUUGUCAAAGUUUCUCCAAAAUCAGUUAGAAUUAAGUUUUUGGAAAGUAAAAAGAAAAGUCAGAGAAAGAAGGUGACAGCUAAUAAUAAGCUAGGUUUUCCCAAAAUGGAUUGCAGACCGAAUAUUCCUCAGCAGAAAACCAGAAUUGCCGCAGAAAAACAAUCGACUUGGAUUCAGACCAAACUAAGUGAUAUAAUUAAAAAGUAUAUUCCCCAAUACUCUGUUUUUUUGCGUCACAAAUAUUGGUCCAGGAGCACUCUUGUUAAGAUGCACCUUAAGAAGAAAAAGACGGAUGUCAGUAGGUUAAAGCAGGCCAAGAGAUCAGCCAAAAUGCUUUCAAACUCCUUGGUUCCAUCAGCUGAUGCUAAAGAGAAGUCACGCGCCAUAGCAGGCUCUUCUCCCAAGCAACCUGUGCAGGAUUCUUCUGGUGUUGCAGGAAAUAAGAAGAAUGGUAAUAAAAAACAAACAAAGAAAGAAAGAAAACAAGGAGAGCCUUCUAGACCUAUUAGAAGAUAUGCUUUGAGAAGUUUACAUUCUGAUGUACCUCAUUCUGAUAGAAUGAGGACCCGGCUCUCAAGCAAAUCAUGAAGUAAUGAGGUAAACUAGAGGGGUUUCUAUUAGGGCUGGUUGAGGCUUCAGUACUUCAACUGAGAAUAGCUUUGGUACUUAGUGUACAUAGCUUUCCUUACUUUAGUGAAUAAAUAAACCUUCAGCUAUUUUGCUAUUGACUUAUUUUUCAGAACUUUUAUAUUCAUUUAAAGUUGGUGUGUAGGGUCUUUUCUUGUGAGUGUUUAUGAAAGAUUCAAAAACACCCUUUGUCCAUUUGCUGUGGAAAAGCUUCAUCUUAGUUUACAUUACAUAAUUUAGCACAAUGUAUACAAUUUUCUCGCUCAAAUGAUGUCCCUCAUUUAUCUUUUAUAAUUGUAUCUCUCAUGCCAGCAGGUUGUAAAACUGCAAGAAAUGAAUAUGGCAAACACAAAAGGCUAUCUUAUUUUUUACUUUUUAAAAUUCGUAGCAAAUGAAUAUAUAGUUAUUUUCUGUGUGUUUCAGAGUGGCAUUGCCAAUAUCAUAUGCUGACUGGAUAAUUAAAAAGAAGAAACACUAAUAGAUUAUCUCAGCUUUUAAGUAUGAUUGACCUAAAUAAUCACACACAAAAUAGAAUUUAUCUUUCUUUUAAAAGCAGUCCAUGAAAAAUAAAUAAAUAAAUAAAUAAAAGCAGUCCAGAGAAUGAGAUUCCAUAAACUUUAAUCUAGUUUUUAAAAACUGCCUGGUGAUUUUAAGGACAUAACACAAACUCCUCCUGCUUCAUUUAGGUCGGAUCUGCAGCUCUCUAACUUUCCUCAUUUGAAUACACACAUAUAUACAGUCUCUGUGGGUUAAGGUUUUGGCGUUGCCUCAAACUUCCACGUUGCACCUGUGGCCCUAAAAAAACAAAAAACCAAAACCGAACAAAUAAAUAAAGAAGUGAAAAACUUUCAAAAUUUGGGAGGAUAUGAGAGUGCUCCUUUUUCAAAAUAUGUUUUGGUUUAAUUUGCUUGUUAGAUGAAAUAAUUGGAUGGCUUUUGUGUAUUCAAGUAUGCAUUAAAAGUAAAAUUAUAAGCACAAUGAACAUUUUAUUAAUCUGUCUUUGUUCAGUAUCUUACAUAGAUGUUUAUUAUAUUUGUUUCAAAUUGUGCAGUAUGUAGACAACAUUGUAUAAUGUGUGUUUUGGAUUUGUGCGUUGAAAUUUUUUGUGUAGUGGGCUCUGAGUGACAGUUCUUUUGCUAAAGAGAAACUAUAUUUAAAAUAUUCAAACAAUUAUAUAUUUCCAUGUAAAACAAUGUGAAGACUAGUGUAUUUUUUAUAGUGCAAUUUAAAGGGCAAAUUUGUUUUCAAAGCUAUCAAGAUAAAAUUUAUCAAAUAUUGAAAUUUGUCUAUUUUCUCUUCAUGUUAGGAGCUUUAUCUGGAAAUACUUAAGGAUUCAUAACAGUGAAAACAGAAGUUCAUUUUAUAAAUGGUCUUAGAGAUAAUAAAUAAGAGAAUAUCAGUGUUGAUGCUGGUGAGAAAAUAGUUUAACUGAAGAUAUGUGGCUUAUGUUCAAAGAAGUAUUUAUUUCAAAGGAUUAAAAUGAAACAACUGGUGGUAUGGUGGGUUAGCACCUUUUCACUUUGUAUACCUGUGUUGGAAGAGGUGGUGAGCAGGGGGCAGUAUUAUUAUUAUUUGACACCUACUGGAAGAGAGAACUUUGGUGUCUCCAAUACCAUGGUGUAUGUUAUACAGGACAAGAAAACAUGGAAGACUCUAUCUGAGUCAGUGAGGUCAGUGUCUCUGGCCUCAGCAGUAUUGACUUCUAGAAUUUUUGGUCCAGAAUUAUACAACAGACUACUCUUUAUAUGAAAAAUUAAUGGAGCAAAAAUAUAAGAUGGAAGCCCAUUUUAAAUAAAGAACUUUUAUGUAUAGAAAAAAUGUGAAAAAUGUGAAAAAUGAUGUAAUUAGAAAAUUACACAUCAAAUGUCAAUUUAAGAAAAUGAGAGGCUGAGGAAGAGUCUCAACAUUUCCUUAUACUUCACUUAGACCCUAAAUAUUAGGGAAAUAACAGUAAACUUAGUAAGUUUCUUUUGUGGUUUAUACUUGGUUGUAUAUAUUUAAAAAGUUCUCCCAAAGUAUCUUAUUUUUUUAUUUUUUAUUUUUUUUAACAAGACCAUUUCUUUUUUUUUUUUUUUAAUUUUUGUUUUUGUCUUUUUCAGGGCUGCACCCUCGGCAUAUGGAGGUUCCUAGGCUGGGGGUCUAAUUGGAGAUGUAGCUGCCGGCCUACCCUACAGCCACAGCAACUCGGGAUCCAAGCUGCGUCUGCAACUACGCAAUGGCUCACAGCCACGCCAGAUCCUUAAACCCACUGAGCAAGUCCAGGGAUCGAACCCACAACCUCAUGGUUCCUAGUUGGAUUCAUUAACCACUGAGCCAUGAAGGGAACUCCCCAAAGUAUUUUAAAUUAUUUACCUUGACAAAGAAGUUGUCUAAGAUGAACUCGAGUUUGUUUCUGAAUCUUUAAAAUAUAAAAUUAUAUUUUUUUAUUUUAAAGCUUUAUUGAAGGAGUUCCUAUUGUGGCUCAGUGGAAAUGAACCCAACUAGUAUCUGUGAGAUUACAGGUUUGAUCCCUGGCCUCGCUCAGUGGGUUAAGGAUCUGGUGUUGCCCUGAGCUGUGGUGUAGGUUUCAGACAUGGCUUGGAUCCUGCAUUGCUGUGGCUGUGCCGUAGACUGGCAGCUACAGCUCCGAUUCGACCCCAGCCUAGGAACUUCCAUAUGCCGCAGGUUCAGCCCUAAAAAGCAAAAAAAAAAAAAAAAAAGGUUUUAUUGACGUAGUUAGUUGACUUAUAAUGUGAUAAUUUCUGCUGUACAACAAAGUAAUUCAGUUAUACACAUCCAUUCUUUUUGAAUGUAUACUUUUUUCUUGUUUAUAAUUUAUUACAUGUAUGUUGUUUUUUCGCAUGCACUUUAUUUUCAAAAAUAACACGUGCGUGUGUGCGUGUGUGUGUGUGUGUGUGUGUGUGUGUAUCUUGAGCUGUCACCAAGUAUCAGGCAUUGUGCUGGGCUUUUAAGUUGUAUCAUCUCAUUUGAUCUUCUAAAAGCCCUUUUGAUUUAGAUACUGUAAUUGUCACUAAAUAGCAGAUGAGAAAACUCAGGCAUAGAGCCUCAAUUUUGGGUUGACAAAUGAGUUGUUUACUGUAAUCAAAUGGGGAUUACAGAUAAUCUCCAUUUGCUUUCCCAUCCCAGUCCCAGGCCACUCCUAAGCUACUAUCUGUCUUUAUAGUUUAGCCUUUUCUGGACAUUUCAUAUAAAUGGCAUCAUACACUGUCGUCUUAAAGGUGUCUGGCUUUUUUCAUUUCCCAUAAUGGUCUUUCAUUCAUAUAGCUUGUGUCAGUAUUUUGUGCUUUUUAAAGUUGCUGAAUAGUAUAUAUAAUUAGUUUUUAAUGAAGCUGGUAAUAGAAUGCUGGUGUCCAGAUGACAAAUAGAAAAGCCGUGAGUCUUGAGGCUAGCCAUUCCUUUAUGUCUUUCAUACCUGUUAUUUUCAAUUACUGCCUCAAUUCCAAAACCAGCUAGAUAUCUGCCUUUGCGAGCGCUCUUAUUCCAUACUUGAAUGCUUCAUGCUUCCUCUACCUUUGACUCAUUUCCUUUACUGCCCAUCUUGGCAUUCUUUUCAUUGUGCUUUGUGAUUCUUUGUAUCAACACAUAACUCUGUGUUCUCAAUCCUUUCAUGAUGAAUUGCUUGCAAGUAACUCAACUGAGAAUUAUAUCGAAGUUGCCCAUUAUUCUAAUCUCUGUCUGCUGUAGAGCCAGGAAGUGAUGAUGAAGGUACUGGGCAUGAUGAAAAUUCUUGUUUAAAAUCAUUCUCCUUUAUAACCACAGUAUACAUCAUCAAAAGCAGGAAAGCAACAGUGAUAGGAUAUAACUCUCUAUUCCACAGACCUCAUUUGGAUUUUUACAGAUUGAUCCAAAACAUCCUCUGUAGGUCGAGGAUCACACCCUGUCACGACUCUGUAAGGUUCCUUCUGUACGGAGCAGUUCCUCAGCCUUUUUAUUUUAUAACUUGACAUUUUGAAGUGUAUAAACCAGGUUCUUUGUGGCUUGUCCCUCAGUUUGAGUUUGUGUGAUGUUUCUUUAUAAAAGUGCUUUUUUUUUGGAGGGGGGCAAGAAAUUCUGUGGACUUCUCAGUGUACCAUAACAGAAGCCAUGUGAUAUUAAUUUGAAUAAAUGUGAUUGAAGAUA